AUGGAAAAGAGGCCGCAAAACUCAUCCUACCACAUCAUCACCCGCAACUGUCCUCUAGCGUUUUACGUCGAAGCCCUCACACUCAUCACAACUCGUCCCAGCCAAGUCCAUCACAAAACUCGAGGCCACCUUCGCACAAUGGGAAUCCACGAAAUCUCCUCUGCCGGGUCCGAAACCGACUCCCACACAGGGCAAGGCAGACAAAGCGGCCUCACCGCUGACGCCAACCACGACACAACCACAAGCACCGAAGUAGGAUCUACAAAUGUCCAGGGCGCAUGGUCCGCGUACUCGGCAUCAGCAGUCGUCGUCCAGACAGCACGCUCCGACAACGAAGGUGCUUGUCAGAUUGUCGUCACCAAAGAAAUUGCCGUGUGUCGCGCUAAAGACAUGGGACUGGAGGACAUCCAGGCCGCCAUCACACUAUGCAAUAUGAGUUUGGGCGGCUCCCGACCCGGUGGGACGGCGUGA